CUGCAAGGUACCUGGAUCAUACGAUAGUAUGACAGGCUACCAGCAUCAGCAAUCUAGCCAACAUGCUCAACACCGCAAUUCCCCUUUCCUUCGCGGAGAAACUUGACUUUGUUCCCGCUCUGGUGUCACUUGGCCUCACGGUCGUGUGGGCAAUGUUCACGGGGCUAUGGCGUUCAUCAUGUUAUCCCAAGAGUUGGCUCCUGCAUGUCGGAUAUGCAGCGUUCCGGAAAGCAACCAGCCGACUGUCCGUUGCGCAAAUGCAAUAUGUAAUGCCCCCCACAAAUAAGAUCUAUGACCAGUACGUGCGCAAGGCCAGAAAAGUCGCAGACACGGUAGACUUGGGGCAAGGUGCCCUGGGCCACUGGGUCGGAGACCGCAAUGCUGAGAAUGUCUUGAUUUGGUAUCACGGCGGUGGAUUUGCGCUCCCAGCGAACCUGGGCUAUUUCCGGUUCUUCGCUCGUCUGAUCGCAGACAGUGCCCGCGCCAAUAAAUCCUUGGCGGUUUUCAGUCUGACAUACACAUUGGCGCCCCAGGCAACAUAUCCCACACAGAUUCGGCAGGCCGUAGAAGCCCUGCGGUAUGUGGUUGACCAGGCCAAAUUUGCACCCGGCCACAUCCUCUUGGGGGGAGAUUCGGCAGGAGGGAACCUUGUCGGCGCCGUCUUGUCCCACUUGGCUCAUCCCCACCCUGCUAUCGCCCCGGUGGACCUCUCCGAACACCUCCGGGGCGCAAUCAUGAUCGCUCCCUGGACCUCCAUGGAGACCGACUUUUCCGAACAAGAGAUCGAUUCUCGGGGGGAUUUGAUCACACCGGCAGUAGCAGGACCAUGGGCCAGCGCCUACCUGGGUUCCGCCAAGCGCGAUAACUAUACCGAUUUAUCUGCUGCGCCGGUAGACUGGUACUCCACGUUUCCGGUGCAGAAGAUUUUAGUUUGCGCGGGAGGAAGCGAGAUUCUUUUCCCGGUUAUCCAAGAAUUCGUGAAGAAAUUGAAGGAGGGCUUCCCAGACGUGGAGUUGUGUGUUGGCCACCGGGAGGGGCAUGUUGCGCCGAUCUAUAACUUGUAUAUCGGGGAUCAGACUGAGACGGAGCAGGGGAAGAGAGUCAAGAGCUGGUUGAGAGAGACUUUGUAG